AGAAUGAAUCGCUUUUUCCGAGAGUAAAAUUGCGCAUGCGUGGUUUGAUUUUCAGUCUGGGGGCUCUAGAUUUGAAUCGAUUCAUUUUUUAUUGUUCGACAAUGUUAAGUAGAUAGAUCCUCAGAUCGUUAUUCAGUAACAGGAGACCAAUACAACUAACUCAACCGAAUAUUUAAUAGGCUAAGAUCAUCUAUGAAAAAUGAACAUCAUGAGGCAUAAGUUAAUCAGUUCAAAAUGGAAAUGCAUGGUUAUUAUUCCAAGUAUUUUCUUGACAUUAAGUACUGUGGUAUUUGGAGUGCCAUUAAGUAUGUCAUAUUCUAAUCAAGAAAAUAUUAAGAAUGAACAUUUAGCACAUGAAAAAGAAUUUGAUAAAAAACUAGCUGAUUCAAGCUGCAUAGUCAAUGGUUCAAAAUAUGGAGAAGGAGAAUAUACACCUGGGGCAGGUCCAUGUGAAGAAUGUAUUUGCCAUCCACCAAAUGUUGUGUGUUCAAUGAUGAAAUGUCCAAUAAAUACUGGUUGCAUUACAAUUCAGUUACCAAAUAAAUGCUGUCCAAAGUACAAAUGUGAUUGUGAACAUAAAGGUAAACAGUAUAAUAAUGGAGAAAAAGUUAAUGAAUCUGAUGAAUCAGCAUGUAGAGUGUGUUAUUGUAAUGGUGGAGAAAUAGUAUGCACUUCAAUUGUAUGUUACACUAGAAAUGACUGUCAAGGAUAUUAUUUACCAGGAGAUUGUUGUCCUAAAUAUGAUAAUUGCUCAUCAACUUUAAAAGAACAAAAACAAAUAGAAUCAAUGAGCUUUGAAAAAUCAAAUAAUAGAAAUAUUGAUGACUGGUCACAUACUACAGAACAGAAUUACAACGAAGAUAAUAUUUGGAAAAGAGAUACAGAAAAAAAUCAAAAAGAAGAAUUGACUACAGUUCCAAAUUUUGUGACUACAAUGCUUAUUUAUGAUCCUGAAAAAGUAAUUAGGGGCAUAAACACUUCAUUACCAAAAAAUUAUGAAAUAGUAGAAACAAAUAUUACUUUCAAUGAAUCAGAUAAUGAUAUUAAUAAUUUUGUAACAAUGGGUGAUCUGUUUGAAAGUUCAAAUACUUCAUUUUUAGGGUUUGAAAUUGAUAAUUUUACAACACAUGUAGAAACGACUGAUACUAGCUUUAUAACAUAUAAUACAACUUCACAAAUUGUACCUCAAUUUGAAGAAUUAUUUGAUACUACAACAAAUAUUGAUAAUUCAGUAAUAAUAACAGAUCAAAAUGGUACUGAAACUAUAAUAGGUUUGACAGAGGAACCAGCUACUGAAGAAAUUAGUAACUCAGUACCUGAAACAAGUAGUACACAGGUUGAAAUUUUUAAUCCAAAUGAUUUAAUGUUAGAAACAAAAAAGCCAAUGAUUGAAUUUUCUACUAUAGCAUCUGAAAUAGAUAUUACAACUGAAAUGGAUUAUGAAGACUCAAGAGAAGCAACUACACCAAGAGCACCUGAUCAACCAACAAUUGGUACUCCUCAAAAAUUAGUUAUGGACACUCUACAAAAAGCAAUUGAGGAUGAGAUAAAUACAGAAAAUUUAUUUACAGAUUUAGAAGAUACAACAGAUAUGUUUGGACCAAACUUUGGCUAUAAAACACAAACACAUCAAAUUUCGCUUGAUUCAACUUCAGACAGUACAGAGAUAAUAAAAAAAUCAUAUACAACAACUUUGCCUACCAUAUUAACGACCUUAAAAAAAAAUAUGAACGAAACAACCACUGAAUAUCCCCAAAAUGAAUUACUCAAUAUACCACUCAGCAAUUCAGAUAUCAAAAAUAUUAAGAAUAAUAUUUCAGAAAACAUAGAAUAUAAUCUAAAAAAUAUAUAUAUUAAUACAAAUAAUGUAACUGAAAUAUACAAUGACACUAAUUUUCUGGAAUCAGGGCAACAAAAUACUGCUUCAUGUGUAAAUAAAAGUUGUACUAAUUCUUCAAAACUAAAUGAUGAACUAUUUGACCUUCAGUCAGAGUCAACUUCAACUACUCCUUUUAUUAUUGAAACAAAAUUAUUACCAAUUCAAGACUCUCUUCAUUCAGAUAUUAGAAAAAUUACAUAUCCUAAAGAAUAUCCUGACGAAUUUGAAACAAUUCAAAAUGGACCAUCAUUGACCAUAACUAAAAGAACAUACACAAGCAUUCCAGACAUAGUUUACACAACAACAACAAUGGUUACUUUGCCGACUUUAGAUUUAAUUUUUAAAGCUGAUAAAGAAAUUGAAAAAUAUUUAACUGAAAUUCAAUCAACAACUGUUAAACUAAGUAAUAAUUUAGCUCCACUUCGUAAUGUAUCAUUUUUAAACUCAACUUAAAACUAGUUUAAUGUUUGUAUGAUGGAGUUUGAAAUACAUGAAACUCGCUUUCUUA